UAGAGUAACGAGCUUGGUGGGAUAUGGGAUAUGGGAUAUGGGAUAUCUAUCUACCCGUACUCGAGUUGUAAAAUAAUACACACAAAGUAUAUCAACACUUUAUUGACACCCGUCCUUCUCCAACACAAGAUUUAAAUCAACCUAUCUAUCUCUCACAUUAAGAAUAUACCAAUAGUAAGCCAAUGUUUUAUUCUCUUUCCCUACUUUAUUCUUGCUCUAGAUUUUAUAGCUUCAGCUCGAACAGUCAGUAUAAGAAGCUAAUUCAACCCUACCUUUCUUUCUCAAGCCUCCUCCUAUCCACGCCGCAUAUAACCAGACGAACAAAUAAGCAACAUCUACCAGUUUCUCCAAUAAACAAAUGGUAAUUUGAUAGUGUCACAACAUAGCCUUCCUCUCACAGCUAUUACCAACCGGUCUGCCAGUCCAUAGUGGCAAUGGCUUCUAACUCGAUAACAACAAAUCCGACCUCACAAACCGUCGCAUCUUUACUACCAAAGCUUCAUGAUGCGGACCCUGAUUAUAGAUUCAUGUCACUGAAUGAUCUUUUUCAAGUCCUGACGAUUGGAAAGGCGGAUCUUCUUCACAAUGACUAUAGUACAGCUGCAAAGACGGUAGAUGGUAUUAUCAGAACCUUGGAUGAUCAAAAUGGGGAGGUACAAAAUUUGGCCAUUAAAUGGUUAGUCUGUCAAUGGCCCCUAAUAGAAGUAGAAUUUAGCUGACCUGACAUAGUCUUGGACCGCUCGUCACAAAGUUACCGAGCAACAUAAUUGCUCCGCUAAUCGAAAGACUUUCGACAUUGACAACUGAAAAUUCUGUUGACAACUCAAUACCUGCAAUGGCUCUACGUACAGUGGUCAUCACGCUCCCAAGACCCGUGAGUGGUGUUGCACCGUCCAAAGAAGUCCUCGAAGCAUAUUCUGCGAUUAGCAGAGUUUUGAUACCAAGAUUAGUAGGUCGUAUAGUCACUUCAACAUCUACCAGGGGCCAAAAUCUUCCGAAUCCUCCACCAGGAAUGCUCGACCCUUCCACAAACCCAGAAAUCGACUCUGAUGCUGUUGAUGUUUUGAUUGAAGUCGCAAGAUGCUUCGGUCCUCUUUUACAACACGCAGAAGUUGAAGCACUUCAAAACUUGGUUGUCGGUAUCUUAGAAACCGAAAAGGCUAGUUCUGUUGUGAAAAAGCGGGCCGUAGUCGCUGUGUCUCUACUAGCUAUGCACUUGACGGAUUCCGACCUCAGUGGCUUUGUAUCUCACAUCAUCGAGUCUCUUCGUAACCCACACUUGACCGCGCCACAACGACGUUUGUACAUUACCAUUUUAGGAUCAAUGGCAAGAUCAAUACCCUCUAGGUUCGGUCCUUAUUUGAAGGCCCUUGCACCCUUCGUACUUUCAGCAUUAAGCGAGCAAGAACUACAGGAUCAGCUUGAAAACGCCGCCGAGGAUGGCGAAAGUAAUCCUGAAAUAGACGACGUGAGGGAAUCUGCACUUGUCGCGCUGGACGGCUUUUUGGCUUCUUGUGGUACGGAAAUGCGAAUCCACACAGAGGAAACAAUUGCGGCAGCUCUUAGAUUCUUAAAGUAUGAUCCGAAUUAUAACGACGAUGAUGACGAGGAAAUGGGAGGGACUGAAGCUGACGAAGAUGAUAUGGGUGAUUUCGACGACGAUGAUGAUUUUGAGGCAGACAAUGGAUUUGAUGAUGACGAUGAUGAUGCAAGUUGGAAAGUUCGAAGAUGUGCAGCGAAAACUCUCUACACUUUGAUCUCAACUAGAGGCAGUGGUGAUCUACUUGAAGAUGGAACUCUAUAUGCUCAAGUCGCUCCAACCCUUGUUCAGAGGUUCAAUGAACGUGAGGAGAAUGUCCGACUUGAAGUUAUUGCUACCAUGGCAUCUCUUAUCGGGAGAACUGGGGAAGGCGUCGUACUCGACUUUUCGCCGGAUGAGUCGUUGGCUUAUGCAAAUCAAGCACCCCAAAGUCGAAAACGCAGAAGAGAGAGUAGUGGUUCAGCUACUUUUGAUAAUAAAUCGUUCAUCUCGAGAUCUGCUGGUUUGGCAUCACCAACCAUUGAGCCGCUUCCUGUUUCAGGUCCCCGCGCAGACCUGGCAAAAUUGACUCCUAUGAUUGUAAAGGCUGUCGUGAGACUACUGAAGACAAGCCCCAUUCCAACGAAGCAAGCCCUCAUAAAUCUCUUGGAUAAGAUGGUUUCGGUUCAGGUUGGGAGUCUUUCAGAACACUUCAGUCAGCUUGUGGAUCCUAUCCUGGAUUGUUAUAAGCCAUCAUCUGGACCAUCAUCUACUGCCGUCACUGGUGGUGGUGCUGCAUCAGCAACUGCAAAUACCUUGCGAAUUGCUGCUCUCAAAUUACUAGGCGACAUUUCACAAACUCAUUCUUCAAGCGUGUUACAGCCUCACCUGCCCAAAAUUAUUCCAUGCGUAGCGUCAGCUGUACAUAAUAAGUUUUACAAGAUAUCUAGUGAGGCUAUUGGUACAGCUGAGCAACUUGUAAAGGCUUUGACCCCGCCACGUUCGAAGUCGAUUAAACCAACCCAGCAAGAAGAUGUUCUAAAAUUAUACCAGGUGAUAGUUGACCGUGUAUCUGCUACUGAUGCAGAUGUCGAAGUCCGUCAACGUGCUAUACAUGCCCUAGGUAUCAUGCUUGCUCGUACAGCAAGUCCGGAAGGUUCAUCGCUUCUCACAGAAAACAACCGAAGUGCUGCUCUUAGUGUACUCAGUGACAGACUAAAAAACGAAACUACUCGCCUUGCUGCUGUAAGAGCUAUCGAUACUAUUGCGGUUGGUUCACUUGAGGUUAGUUCAGCCGCUAAAGACCAACUGCAGCCUUCAUGGAUCCGAGAUGUCUCCCUAGAACUUGCUGCACAGCUCAGAAAGGCCAACAGAUCUCUGCGCGGUGCAAGUCUUGGUGCUCUGAAGAAUCUCAUCGUAUCUCCCGCAGCUAGAAGCUCCCUCGAUGCUCCCACUAUUCAAGGCCUUAUCGAUGCACUUCUUCCACUCUUGACCACAGUCGAUCUUCAUCUUCUCGGUCCAGCACUACUCGUACUGGCUACUUUGGUUACGGAUGAUGCAAAGCUUGUUGUUACUGAUCAGCUAAAUUCUGCUCUGUGCGGAUUAUUGACCUCAACUUUAGGUGGCGCUGUACUUGAUGCCGUCCUUCUCUUGGUCGCUAAUAUCGGCAAGCAGGGAGUUGGCCAACCUUUGAUGUCUGGUUUGUUGAGGGAUGUAAGUACUAGUGGAGACUCCACGGUUGUAGGGAAAGCCAUUGGUACACUUUUGGUAUUCGGAGGAUCUUCAGUUGGUGUCACACUUGACAACUUCUUGAGCGAACUACAAAACUCUUCUUCGGACGAAGCUAAACAAUGCUUGGCCCUGGCUGUUCUCGGAGAAGCCGGAUUACAAUUGGGUGAAAAAUCUCCUUUGAAGCCAUCCACCUUCACAGCUCGCUUUAGAUCUUCUUAUGACAAAGUUCCUCUUGCUGCAGCGAUCGCAUUGGGACGUGCUGGAGCUGGAAACAUACCUUUGUAUCUUCCAGAAGUAUUGAAUAUGAUCAAGGACGGAAACGAAUUCUUACUUCUACAUUCCAUCAAGGAGAUACUUCAGCAAGCCGGCAGCAACCCCACUGCCAUCACCAAGCAUACUACUAUUCUUUGGGAAAGAUUGCUUGCCGCUUCCCAAGCCGAGGACAAUAAAGCUGUCGGUGCAGAGUGUAUUGGUCGUUUGACAAUGAUUGACCCUAAGGCAUUCAUGCCACAACUAAAGGUUCGUUGUGAUGGAAGAUAAUGAAUUGCGUCAGCUAAUUAUUUCACAGGGCUACCUCACAAAUCCAUCUGCUUCGAUCCGGGCUAUGGUUAUUCAAGCGAUCCGUUAUACACUAUCUGAUAGUGAUGAUUCGCUCGACUCAGUAUUGAAAGUCAUGUUGAUUGAUAUGCUCAAGGUCAUGCUGACUGAUACCGAGUUGGAGAACCGUCGAUUGGCACUGACUACAUUGAACGCUGCUGCUCACAAUAAAGCAGAUCUCAUUAACCCAAACCUUAAUCAGUUGCUUCCUCUUGUUAUGAGUGAAUCGAUUGUCAAGGAAGAGUUGAUUCAUGAGGUAAUGAUGGGACCCUUUAAACAUAAGGUUGAUGAUGGUUUAGAAGUCCGAAAGGUAAGACAUACAUCAUAGCUUCAGCCGUACAUUACUAAUCUAAACUACAGAGUGCAUACGAGACUUUAUAUGCUCUUAUGGAGACGGCAUUUUCACGUAUGAACAUUCUUGACUUUUACGAUCGUAUUAUCGCGGGUCUGAAGGAUGAGCACGAUAUUCGAUCUCUCUGCAAUCUCAUGUUGAACAAGUUGGUUAUCCUCGAUCCCGAUGAGACAUCUCGACGCCUCGACGCAAUUGCAGACUGCUUCCGCGUUACUCUAUCGGUCAAAUUAAAGGACACAGCAGUCAAACAAGAAGUUGAGAAGCAAGACGAGGCAAUCAAGAGCACCCUCCGCUCAACACUAAACCUGCAUGCUCGCAUCCCAUCAGCAAGCACGGGGAUAGGUGCGCAAGGCAGCCAACAUCAGACAUGGAGAACCUAUUUUGAAUGGGUAGAGAAGGAUUUCGAAGGACAAGUGAAGUCGUUGAGGGAGGAGAAGAAAGAUACUAUUAUUUGAGUGGAGUGAAAGGGACCUAAACUCAACUAAUGAUGCGAUGAUACCAUUGAUGACGAAUGAUGAAGAUAGCGAAGAUUCCAUACGAGCAAUGUUAUGUAUGUAUUUGUUUUUAAAAUAGCAAAAAGCACACAUAUACAGUAUGCAAUACAUACGAAGCGGACGAAUCGAGCAGGUGCAGGGUGGUACUAGAUAUCAGGGCUCGCUUGGAAUGCAGAUCUGUUUUAGGCCAGAUAGCUCGUAAGAAUCAAUUACAGUAUUCAUACAAAUGAUGUAAU